GAGAGAAUGAGCAACGUAGACCGUCCGGGAGCAGAGGAGAGGAUGAAGCGAACAACUUUCCUGCUGGUGUUUGGAGUCGUCCUGAGCUUCUGUCAGGCUCAGUCGGAGACCGGAGUCGAUGAGACGGGUGGGGAGGAGGAACAUGUGGAGCUCUUCACCACACCUCAGACUAAGAUGGGUGCCGCUACCUCGGACUUUGGGUACAACCUGUUCCGUGCUCUGGCGAGCCGCGAUGCUGCAACCAAUGUCUUCCUGGCCCCCAUUAGUGUGUCUGCAGUGCUGACGCAGCUCUCCAUGGGAGGGUCUGAGCGUGCUCAAAGGCAGCUGUUUAGGGCUCUGAGGUACCACACCCUGCAGGACCCUCAGCUCCACAACACCCUGAAAGACCUGUUGGCAUCAGUCAGGGCGCCCGGCAAAGGCCUGAGCACCGCGGCGCGGAUCUACCUGGCAAGACGACUUCGUCCGAAGCAGGAAUUCUUCCCGCUUGUGGAACAGCAGUAUGGAGUCCGUCCCAAGGCACUGCAGGGAGGAACAAGGGAUAUGAAAGAUAUCAAUGACUGGGUGGCUCAGGAGACAGGCGGGAAGGUACAGCGCUUCUUGACCACAUCCUUACCACGAAGCAUUGGAGUGAACACUGUGAGUGCUGCCUACUUUAAAGGGAAGUGGGUGACUCGGUUCGGUCAGAGUGGAGCAAUGGAGAACUUCCAAGUGGAGGGUGGGGCACCUGCACAGAUUGCAAUGAUGCAACAGGAUAACUACCCUGUGAAGAUGGGGGCCGACUCAGAUUUGAGCUGUGUCAUCGCCCAGAUCCAGAUGCAGGACGAUGUCAGCAUGUUCAUCUUCCUGCCUGAUGAGGUGACCUCCAACAUGACACUGCUGGAGGAGAGUCUGACUGCUGAGUUCGUCCAGGACCUCUCCAUGACGCUUCUUCCUGCCAAGGUGUCCCUCACUCUCCCCUCACUGAGGCUCAGCUACUCCACAGACCUGCUGCCGCUGCUCAGCGACCUGGGACUCUCUGAUUGGCUAGCGGACACAGACCUGGAGAAGAUCUCCACUUUAUCUGCCAAGCUCAGCAGCGUCAAUCACAAGGUCGUCAUGGAGAUGGCACCCGAGGGUAACCAGUACCCCGGCACCACGUCAACAGCAAGCCACCUGUCCUACCGAGUGGACCGGCCCUUCCUCUUCCUGAUCCGGGACGAAGCUUCAGGGGCACUGCUCUUCAUUGGCAGGGUGGUCAACCCCAAGGCCCUGACAAUAUAAGACACACACACGCACACACACUCUUAGCAGGUCCUAGGAGGGAUUUCAGGUGUUUGCUUUGCGUUUGUGGUGGCAGAUGCUUGUGAGAAUAUUUGAUUUUGAUUUGAUUUUACACGAUUCUUUACUUUUCAUGUUGAAACAUAUUAAUCUGACAGGAUACAGAAACACACUGAUGAUACUCUGAGUUUACCAAAGCAUUGUUUUUUAAGAAAUCAAAUAUUGUCAUUUGUGUGAAAUGAAAUAAACACGACAAUGAAACA